AUGGCAGUCAAUAUCCUAUCCCGUUCUUCGGAGUCACCGAUCUCAACUGGAAAGCGCAAUAUAGCCAUUGCAGAAAUCGUGAUAUACUCCAUUAUACACAUUGUCCAAUUCAGUACAAGAUUCAUGCAAGAGCGGCGGUACUGGCACCACAACAAGAACAAGAGCAUUGGACGUUGUGUUCUCUAUUCUUGGUGGAGUAUGGUUGGUCUCUUGUCACAGAUCCGUACCGCUGGCUCGGCCCUUGUACUAUCCACCUCACACCCAGACAAACCAAUGCUUAUCGCCGAAUCCGUCUUGCAAAGUGUAGGCCUCUCGCCUCUUUUGUUUGAAGUUAGCUUGGUCAUGUUGCGAUGUGGACAAUCCGGAGAAUCUGGACCAGGUAACUCAAAAUGGUCCAAGUGGACACGAUUCGCCCUUCAUUUCUUCCGGUUCCCGAUUCUCACCGCCAUCGUCUUGGCAGUUGUGGGCGCGUGUAUCAACAUGCAUGCAUUGGGAGAAGCCGGCUCAGUGGUUCUUGUUAUCACAUUCGCCUAUGUGUGCUGUCUCGUUGCUUGGCUUGCAUUUAAAUCGCGAACACUUCUUCCCGAGUCUGGGCACCGCGCUGCAGUUGUGACUGUUUUGACUCUGCCAUUCCUCUUGGUGCGGAUUACCUAUUUCCUGUUGUUGGAAUAUGGUCCUCCCAGGUUCAAUCCGGCCACUGGUGAUAUCGGCGUUUUGGUUGGGAUGGGGCUUUUGAUGGAGAUCAUUAUUGUCAUGUUGCUUUUGGUCGCUCGUGGUGUGGCAGAGCCCGUCAUGCCAUCUUUCUUUGCUAAGCACAUGGUUUACGAUGACUUGGAAUCGCCUGGAAAUUGA